GCCGGAGCGGGGAGGCGGGACCUUCCGGGCACGUGAAGCCGGCGGCGGCCAAUCGGGGCGGGGAGGAGGGGCGUGGCCUGGCGGCGCGGCGGAGGCCGGCGGGGUCGGAGCGGCGGGAGCGGCGGAGCGGGGUCGGCCGAGGCGGGGGCGGGGGGUGCCGGGACCCACCGCCCCCACCGGGAUCGGGACCGGGACCUGGGCCGGGACAGAGCUGGCAGGCCGCCCCUACUGGCACCGGGACCCGCAGGCCUCACCGGGACACACACCCCCCCCCCCCCGCCCGCCCUUCCCUGGGCCUUGCCGCCACCGGGACCCCUGGCGACCGGGGCCGGCACCGUCCGGCCCCCACUGGGCCUAGCCCCGCCCCUUCGCGCCCCGCCCCUCUCCCUAGAGCCGUGUCCGUAGAGCCCCGCCCCUCACCUAGAGCUCCACCCCUCUCCCUUAGGGCCCCGCCCUUCUCCCCAGGGCCCUGACUGUAGAGCCCCGCCCCUAACCUGGAGCCACGCCCCUUCCUUGGGUCUCGCCCCUCUCCCCCAGAGCCCCGCCCCUCUCUCCCAGAGCCCCGCCCCUCUCCCUUUGGGCCCCGCCCUUCUCCGCAGAUCCCCGUCCAUAGAGCCCCGCCUUUACCCCGAGAGCCCCGCCCCUCUCCCACAGAGCCCCGCCCCUCCUCGCCCAGCGCCGUUCUGCGCGCAGCCCCGCCCCUCCCGCCGCAGCCCCGCCCCUCCCGCCGCAGCCCCGCCCCUCCCGCCGCAGCCCCGCCCCCGGGCCAUGUCGGACUCGGUGCUGCUGCUGCGGCGGGUGGUGUGCGACGCCGCCGGCACCAUCACCAACGUGGUGGCCAAAUUCCCCGGUUCUUGCCCCAACGCCGCCGUCCUGGAGAAUUCGGCCUUGGCUCGGCUGCUGGAGGGGGCUCGGCCUGACGGCGCCUGGCUGCUGGGCGACCGGAGCUACCCGCUGAAGCCGUGGCUGAUGACGCCGAUCGCGGCGCCCCGCGGCGCGGCGGAGGAGCGGUACAACGCGCUGCACCACCAGGCGUUGGCCGUCCUGCGCCGGACCCUCGCCCUCCUCAAGCUGCGAUUCCGCUGCCUGGACAAGGGGAGGGGGUGUCUGCAAUACGCCCCCCAAAAAGUUUGUCAGAUUUUUUUAGCCUGUUGUAUCCUCCACAACAUCGCCCUACGCCGGCGCAUGCCGUUGGAGCUGCCCGAGGGGUUGCCCCCCCCCCGAAAUCGAGCCCGACCUACCCCUGCCGCCCCCCCACGGGCAGACGUCCAGCGAGGCGCGGGCCGUGCGGGCCCGCAUUGUCCAGCAGGUCAAGGACGGCCUCGGAUGAGACACCCCCCCCCAAAAAUCUGGGGGGGCUCUGGUCCUCUGAGGGGGGCGUGCAGGGACGCCUGAGCCCAGAUCCACCCCCCCCCCGCCAAGGUUUACGUCGGGGGGGGACACAAAAGUGGGGAGCAGCCCCUGUCCUCUAUGAAGAGGGGGGGCUGCCUUCGCCCUUUUACUCUGAGGGGGGGUCCCCCUGUUCCCUGCAACAAGGUGGGGGUCUCCAUUCCCUACAAGAAGGGGGUGUCCCUCCCUGCUCAAGGACAAAGGGGGGGGCGUCCCUGUGUCCCCCCCAGGGGCUGCCGCAUCCCCCAGUGCUCCCCGUUUCGGCGCUGACCCCCCCCCCCCACCUUGUCUGCGCUCGUUUCGGGGUGAAUAAACGUAUUUUUUCAGCA